GUUCAUCAACACACUGGCCGAAGAGGCUGGUAUCAAGAUUGGAAGCCAAUUCUCAACACGUCUUCUGGAAAGACGCGCCUGCUCCAAUUCUGGGAUUCACUGUUCUUAUAGUCGUCACGAACUUGGAACCGACACUCGUUCAUCGAAGGUCGCACUGAUGCGCUCAUUCUUCAAUAAACCAUCCUGGGCAAGCAGGGGAGAUGAAACCCAGGAUGUUCAGUUCUACCGGCAUGCCAGUCAAGUUUACAAUGAUAUAAUCUCUACAAAUCAGGAUAUGCGACGUGCACACCAAAAUCAAGGGACGACUUCCAGAAAGCGACACAUACCAAACGAGAACCAUGGCCCUGACACAUUACCAUCAAGAGUUUGCAAAACCCACGGAAGGUCUUCCAGUUGUCAAACGCCGUCUGAGAGCACGGCUUCCGAUUGCGAUCUUGCGCAAAGAGGCGAAAAUACAUCAAGCAGUCAAGUUCCACAUCCAGCCCUGCGCGCUGCGGAAGGGACGGAUCUCCAUGCCAUUGAUCGCCCAAUGCACAGUAUUGUCGUAAAGUCUCAGGACAAAUUCGUUGCUAGUGAUACACUGGCUGCGGGGUGCCCUAGCAAAAGCAACAGGGCAUGCAUUGACGUCUCCCAAUCCACAAAUACGCUGAGCCCUACUGAACCACCCCUGACUCCCAGCAAGCAGCUUAUACCGUCUGAAGAGCCAUUUGUCCAGAUUCUCAUUACAUCGACAAUUUACAAUACUAGACCACUCAUUGUUCGCCGAAGAUUACACCAGCCGUUGAGAGAUGUGCGCCUCGCAUGGCUUGAUCGUCAAGGCCUACCGAAAGAACUAGAGAACUCCAUCUACCUAACCUGGAAAGGGAAAAGGCUUUUCGAUGUUACUACAUGCCGCAGUCUGGGGUUUGGGUGCAAGAGUCAAUACUUGUCUAGACCAAAUGCCUAUGCUGUGCUACAGGAUGACAGUAAGGACCUGCAAAUACACAUUGAAGCCACUACCGGCAAAAGUCUUGACCUUGAUAUUGGCCAGUCGCUGUCUCCUGCUAAGCUGGACCAGACUGCAGACUUUACCGUUGUGGAGCAACAGUUCAGCAAAAUAGUCUUAAUGUCCCCGGGCCUCAAAGAUCUAAGGUUGAGAGUCAAUCUUCAGAUGCAUGUCUCAAAGUUGAUAUGUCUGUUUCGCGAUGCAAGACAGAUACCUCCAGAACAUGAGGUUCACCUGGUGUUUGAUGGUGAGCGCUUGGAAUCUGGAUGUACCCUUGCAGAAUAUAAUCUUGCGGAUGAUGAUCUUCUUGAUGUUAUAGUCAAGUGACAUUUUAUGGAUCCUUAUAGUAGUAGGAUUUGCACGUUUACAGCAAGCAGUAAUUAUAUGUCACGUGCAACAGAGACUGAAGCAAGCAGACACAAACAACUUCAAGCCAGGUAAUCUCUGGUUAAGACCAUAUUUG